AUGGAGGCACGUCCUUCUUUUACUUUGUGCCUCGACACAACAUUGACAGCCUCGAGCGAGCACCAAGAUCGCUGGGCCGAGGUUCUACGGGUCAUCACCCGUCCACCCCCAGGCCUGCCCUCAGCAAACCGCAUCGGUCUCUCCAUGGAAGAAGUGGGAGAAUCUUAUUCACAGAAAGCCCUUGCGCUUUGUGGUGUGCUCUGGAACAGGGGACGCCGGCCGGAGACAGUCAGCUUGGAGCUAUUCCACUUGUUGGUUUGGGACGUUUUCUAUAUCGAAUACCAUAUUCCGUUCCCGUGGAGCGCAGAAGUUAACGCCGAGUACCAGAAUCCUGGGUCGUCCAAGUCUCCUGUUUACGAAGCAUAUUUCACCACCCGGAAACAAGCCGAGGAGUGGACCAGCCUCGACAGGAAAGCGGUGGAGGGGUUUUCGUCUUAUACCUUGCCCGAGUCCUGUUGGUCACUCCAUGCACAAACCGCUGCGUGGAACCGAAUGGGCGAGCGAUAUCCGUUUCCCGACACCGACGAGGGCCUAAGCCCAUUCGAGGUCGCUCUCCCGAACAGAGCCUGGGCGUACAAACAUAUCUAUGGAGAAGAAGGGAACUUACUAACAACGAUUAACGGGAUAGUCGAAACAAGCGGCGGCCGCCUUUGGUUUGAGCCCGGGCCCGACGGCAGGCCGUUCACCAAACUCGUCAUCGGCCCGGUGGGGAAACAGGAGGGUGGCAAGAUGUCGCAUGAUGCGAUCCUCGGCCUUGUUGAGCUUUGGAUUGCGGUUCGGCAAUCUGUCAAGAGUGCGGUGGCGAGGGUAAGUAUGGUUGACCAGAUUCGUCAAGCGUAUGCGGUAGUGAGGCAAAAGGGGGCAAUGAAGGCGCUGGACGAGCUGUUGGCAUCCAUUGCAACCAAAGAGGCGGUGAUGCAGCGCGCGUUGGAAGUCCUGGAUGGCGAGAUUGAUGGGCCCUGCAAGUUGGCCCAGGAUCCUAGGAAGGAAUAG